AAAUAUACAACCUUCUCACUCUCUCUUCUCUCACUCUCAAAUCUUAACCUUCCCAAAUCCAAUCCCACUCUCAAAUCCCAGUCCAAAGUUUGAAGCUUUUCUUCAAUGGCUAGAGCCUCUGUUUUUUUGCUACUUCUUCCCAUUUUCUACUUUUUUGGCACAGCCAACUCUGCAGCCACAACAAGUGAUACAAAUUUCAUAAAGAGCUCAUGCAGCGCCACCACCUACCCACAAGUCUGCAUCCAAUCCCUCUCUUCCUACGCCAAUUCAAUCCAGCAAAGCCCUCGGCAGCUGGCCCAGGCUGCCCUGUCCGUGAGCCUAACCAGGGCUCAAAAGGCCAAGACAUUUGUGACCAAGUUGGCCAAAUUUAAGGGGCUGAAGGCUAGGGAGUAUGGAGCUCUCAAGGACUGCUUGGAGGAGAUGGGUGAUAGCGUGGACAGGCUCAGCAAAUCAGUCCAGGAGCUGAAGAACAUGGGCAAAUCCAAGGGCCAGGAUUUCGUGUGGCACAUGAGCAAUGUGGAGACUUGGGUUAGUGCUGCUUUGACUGACGACAAUACCUGCCUUGAUGGGUUCUCUGGCAAGGCCUUGGAUGGCAAAAUCAAGGCCUCAAUCAGAGCUCAGGUGCUUAAUGUUGCACAGUGCACUAGCAAUGCUCUGGCCUUGUGCAACAGGUUUGCCUCCAAGCACUGAUGACAGCUGCAGAUCCUGAAUCUGAGUUUUUGUUUUUGUUUUGUUUAUUCUUAUGUUAGAACUAUUUUGAUGUGGUUUGGUUUUGAUAUGUAUAGUUCAGUCAGUUUGUGAUAUAGAAGAGAUAUAAAAUAUGCUUUAAGUGUUCUGAAUCCUCUGGUUGUAUAUGUAUGUGUGAAGCUAUGAAGGCUGCUUGUUUUGGUAUCUGGAUUUUGGAACUUUUGAACU